UCUACUUAUGCGUCAAGCAGGACGAUUCGUUCAAAACAAUUGCAUCACUUGUUACUCUGAGACAAUUUACUAAUGAAUUCAAAGGAGGAUGUCAUCCGAAUUAACGUUAAAUUAUCAACAUUACUCUGUGAUGGACAGUGAGACGGGCAUCAUCGCCAUCGAUCAGGGAGGCGAGUGGGACAUUAGCCUUUUUGAUGAGCUGGACAACCUGGGAGAUGCAGAUGAGCUGCUAGAUGCCCUGGAGAAUGCUGGCUAUGCCAGUGAGGGCCCAGACCUGGACUUUGAUAUUGACAUACCACCAUGGAAUGAAGUGGACACAAGCAGCACCUGCACAGAUGGUGAGGUGAGUGUGGACUCUCUCUCACCUGCCCACACUCUGAGCUCUGUCCCCUCUCCUGGCUCUGUGGAAGCCCUGUCCCCAUACUCCUUACAAGAUGAAGCCUUCUCUCCACAGUUCCAGCCCUCUCCUAUUUCAGUCUGCUCAGAGUCCAGUGGCCUUUCUGAAAUUGCACCCCCAGCUAAAAAAGCUUCAAAGAGGACCAACCAGACCACACGAGCAAAACCAGCGCAGCAAGUCAAGAGACCGAUUCAAUUCAGCCCAAAGGUUUCCAUCCAGCCCAAACCGUUGAUUACAGCUGUGCCCUUGGCUCACGCAGCAGCUCCCCUGCAGGCUAAGACAAUCAUCAUCCAGCCUCUGCAGACCACUGUGCUGCCUGUUGUCAAACAAGCUCCCAUCAACAUCCAGCCAGCGCCCCCUCCAGGUUGUCCCAUCGUGCUGUCUCAGCCAAGCCAGGUGCUACAGAUCCAGACACCACAGGCUGUUACUGCCAAUGUGGUCACCAUGCCAACUCUGUGCCAUGACAGGCCUGUCCCUGUCACUGCUCCGUCAUUGGUCUCCGUCACACUUCGAUCCCCUUCCUCAGAUGAUGAAUCAAAGUUCUCCCAGAGGCAACAACGCAUGAUUAAGAACCGUGAGUCAGCAUCCCUGUCUCGGAAAAAGAAGAAAGAGUAUCUGCUCUCACUGGAAGCUCGCCUAAAAAUGGCGUUGUCUGAGAAUGAGGUGCUCAAGAGUGAGAAUGGCAACCUCAAGAGACAGCUGGAGGGCCUGCUGUGUGAGCAUACAGUACUAAAGACAACGGCACCCAAGAGAAGAGCUGUGUGUCUCAUGGUGGUCUUGGUGUUCCUGGUGCUUAAUGUUGGACCAAUGAGUCUGUUUCAGGGUGGCCCAGGCUCCAAGCUCCAGAUUGUCCCCAUGCAGCACAGCAACAGACACCUGUUGGGUUUCUCCCCCGAGGCAGAAACUGAGGUCGAGAUGGGCCCAGAGCCCCUCGGCAGCGGCCCCUCUCAGAUGGCCGACAGCUCUGAGGAUAAGGCCCUGAUGGUGGUAAAGGAUCCUAUCUUUCUCAGACCAGCUCCUCCCUGCCAACCAUCUGUUAACAGGACCAAGUGCAUUGAGUUGGCCCAUGAGUUGAGGGGUUGGGUCCACCGUCAUGAAGUGCAGCAGACCAAGUCCAGACGCAUGAGUAACAACAAUCACAAACCCACCAGGACCAUUCUGAAAACGGGGAAUAAGGAGGCAGAGAGUGCCCAGAUUGUGACGGUCCAAUACACAGAAACUACUGAGGAAAAGAAUCCUGGCAAUGAGCUGCAGGUAUACUACGCACCACAUCACACCUAUAGUGACUUCUUUGAUGAACUCAAUCGUCGUGGGGACACUUUCUACGUAGUGUCUUUUCGCAGGGAUCAUCUUCUACUUCCUGCCACCGACCACAAUAAAGGAAGUCGACCCAAGAUGUCUUUGGUGUUGCCAGCUAUGAACAUAAAUGACAGCAUCAUCAGGGACAAAGAGUUCGAGGUGAUGAUGCAGAUCGACUGUGAAGUAACAGACACCAGGAUCCUCCACAUCAGGUCUUCAACCAUCCCACCUUUGCUUCGGGUCAACCGCACAGAGACGUUUUAUCAGCACUCCCCGACUGACAACCAGGCCGCCCCUCCCGUUGGUGUGCUGAUGGGUUCUGCUUAAGAACAGCAUCAACACAAAUGCUCUUUAUAAUUCCUCAACAAAACCCAUGAAGACAAACAAAAGAAAAAGACGUCCGCUGACACCUUUUUGUUUGGAUGAUGAAGUAUAUUUUUUAAUCUGGUGUACUCCAAAUGACUUUAUGUUUGUCAGAACCACUCAACCACAUUGUUGAUUAGAGCUGAUAUCCGGAGGUAGCCUGUAAUAGGGUCCGAGCAGGCGCUCACUCCUUGUGUGGCAACACUGACUCCUCAGCGUAACCCCAGACGCCCUACAUAAGGGUAAUUGCUUAACGGCAGGGGGCAGAGCAUUGAACCAUGAGUCACCCCGUCAUAACACAAAUACUUUUACCCCGUAGCAGCUCUACUCAAAUCUGCUCGUUCUUUAUUGCCCUUAAUUUCUGGACCAGCUGCAAAGCCAGAGCUUAGAAAAAAGAAAAUUUAUAAUACACCUGAUAUUUAUCUCACCAGGGAUUUAAACCACAGCCAGAAAAAUACACUUGUGACAUCCAUGUUUAGAAGCACACCAAAUGCUGUUUGUUUCCCAGCUAGAAAAUGAAGUACUGUUAUCGUCUCUCUUACUCAUUUUGUCAUGUUUUUUGCCUCUCUUAAUAAAACCAAUUUUAUUUAGCCAAAUUGACUACAUGCAGCAAUAGAGGCACAAGGUAAACUCAGGAAGUCAGCGUGAAAGUUAGCGGUCUAACCACUCUGUUGUUGGGGGGUUUUCUUUAAUAUAAGGACCUCAGGUGCUUGUUUCUCGCAUUGUAUUGAUGAAAAAUUCAGUUCAUAGUUUUUAAGUAUUUGCACUGUGCUUCAAUUAUUCUGUCAAAAUGUGUUUUGUUUUUUUCUUUAUUAUGUUUUGUGGGAACUUUUUUAUUGAAACUGAGUGCAGAAAACUCAGACACGUAAAAUGUUAAAUGGUGGUUGGGAAGGAAACGUACAGUAAAUAUUGGAACGGGGAGAUUUCCUUUAGUGUCUGUCACUCACUGGGUGAACAUGCUAAGAUCAAAUUUGAACCCCCUACCCUGUAAGUUGAGCUUUAAAAAAAGCUGAUGUUUUGCAUACAUAACCACUGGAUAAAUACGUCCGAGGACUAAAUUGCACUUUUGUUUUGUGCACUUAAGCCUAUAUUCAAUAACUUUUUUUAAAACAUUGUGUGAUGGAAAAAUGAUUGUUUUAGUACUAAUUUGUUGUAAACAUUUGUACUAUAAAUGCAGAACUUGGGAGUUUCAGUUCUGACUUUAAAUGCCUUAUAUUGGUUUUUACUUGUUUUGACCACCUGUAAUUAGGGGAAAAUUUAUAUUAAGUAGUAACUCAAAACUCUUUGCUUGUCACUGAACAGCUUUGGUGUGUGCAGAUACAGCACCUUGCUAUACUUAUGUCUCUGAAAGUGCUUUUUCUGUUAGCUACAUGAUUAUACAGAUGGUUAUGUUUUAGCUCAACAGAUGCCCAUAAAAUUCUGCUUAGGAAAAAAAAACAAAAAAAACACGGCCAUGUGUUUUUCUAAGACAGGCCUUCUGUGUGUGUAUUUUUUCCCGUUUGGUUUUAGAAAUAUAUUUUAUUCCCGCAAUGUUUUCACAGCAUCCCAGCUGUACUUGGGGACAAAGAAGGAGUAUAAUUUAAAAACUUGUGAGGUUUUGUUUUUUUUGUAUUGAAUUAUGUGCAUAAACCAAAAUAAACACUGGAUUUUCUCUAA